AUGGCUAGGCAGAUUGGUAUGGUAUUUUUGCGUCCGUCUAGAUUGCGUAUAGGUUUUCUUUUACUGAAGCCUAACAUCCUCUUCAGUCAAGAAAUUCGACUAGUUAAUACAAGUACUAAUGGCCAAAGCAUGAUCAGUAAAUACAUGGACAGAGCUCGCAAUGUUUUCAAUGAGCCUUUCGUUAAAAUAUCAUUGAUGGCUCUAGCUGCGGUUAUGUCAGCUACAGCUCUAUAUGAAUAUUUAUAUCAUGGCCCAGCUAAAAAGAAGAAUAAGUUAGGAAUUCAAAUUUUACCAGCUUCACCAAAUCAUUUCUGUAUCGAGAGAAACGAAUAUAUUUCACACUUGGAAAGCGAGUGUGGAAGUCUUCUUCGCUCGCUCUUCUUUAAGGAUAUAAAAACGAUAUUUCUAACUGGCCUAACAGCAAGUGGGAAAAGUCAGAUUGCUAGAUUCUAUGCUGAGAAGUAUUCUAAGAAAUUUAGGUUUCCAGUAAUAAAGCCUCCGGUUAUUGCAACUCUUUCUGGUAAUAGUAUAGAAGAUUACUUAUCAUCAAUAAGAUCAUUAGCAAUUGAAUUGGGAUCUACGCCCUCAGAAUGGUCACGAGAAUCUGACAAUGGUAUUUUAUUCUCAAACCUUCCCGUUCCGCGUCAAAUAGAAAUUCUUGUGGAAGAAGUUUCUCAGAAGUUAAAAAUGGCUGGUAGAUGGUUAUUAAUUAUUGAUGAUCUAAAGUCUGAUUGUGGUAUAAAGCAAGCGUGGUGGCCACAACCCGACCAAGAUAAUAUUUGGGGUAAAGGUUGCGUUUUAAUAACAUGUGAAGAAGCAUUAACGCCUAAGGUUAUCGAACAGACUUACAAAGCAUCAAGAAUUCUGAAUGUAGACAAAAAGUUAACGGAGUCGGAGGCACUGUCCUUAUUACAUCAAAUGAAUGAAGAUAAAGUUUCUGCCAACGCGGCUACGUUAGUGAAUGAAUUGCUGUAUUCGCCUUUAGCUAUAUCUCUUGCUGCCAGUUACAUAAAAUCCAAAAAUGAAAACACAGCACAAGAUAGUAUAUAUGACUGCAGCAAUUUUAUUGAGGAAUUUAAAGCGAUAAAAUCCGAUAUUUUACGACACUGGAACAGUGAUCGGCUCGAAAAUAACGCAUCUUUUACUGAUAAAAUUGUUGCUAGUAUGUGCCUUCAGCAAUAUGGUAAAGCUGAUUCACAGAUGCACUCCACAUUUGAUAUUUUGGGUGCGCUAGAACCUAGAAGACCCAUUCCAAUGGCUAUGGUAGAAACUUUCAUAAGAGACAAUGAAGUUCUGAACUUUAGGCUUAAGUCACGUACAACUAAAUUAGAUACCACUAAUAGUGACCUUAAGUCAUUAGAAGUUACCCCACCAGGAGAACAAAUAUCGAGUAUUGAAAAUAUAGAUAAUUCAGAAAAUGAAGACUCAGACGACUCUGGUGUAAUUCGUACUUUCAUUACUAAAGGGAAGGAAAUUUAUCGUACUUAUUUCUCAAAUCCAUCUUCAAAUAACGGAGAUAAGAACCCAAAAGAGAUUCAAGAUGACAGUAGUCCUAUUUAUCGGUGUCCUUUACUCUCAUGUAACUUAAAUGGCGACAUUAAAACGGUAUCUAUUCAUCCUGUAAUACACUCUGUUAUGCAAAAAUGGUAUUUUCUAAUGACUAUACCAAUAAUGGAAAAACUAUAUGUAUCUGAACAAAGAGUUGAAAGUAAAAGUUCGUGGUUUGGCCAAAUUAAAAAAUUUGAUGAAACUGCGUGCCUAGAAGGGUAUCGUGGAAGAUUAUGCGAUCAAUUCAAUUUAAAAUUAGAACCAUCUAAUUAUGACGAACUUCGUAAUGUGACUGAUCAAACUAAUUUAAUACAUAAAUUAGUAACAGCAUCGAACAUGUUGCACACACCUUAUAGCAAAGCACAACAGUAUUCUCUGCUACGUCGUAUCGGUAAAUCUGCUAUAACUGUCACGAAAAAUCGCCGUUCGGAAAUUGUAUAUCGUAAAUCAUGUAAGUUACUUCUUCCACAUUUCGCUUAUCUGAUGAGACAUCUACAGGUGGUCGAUUUAAAGAAUUUCUCAGAAUUGUUAGAUAUAGUAGCUAUGAUUCAUUCAGAUGUAUUAAGUGAGGACUUACGCAGCGUUGAAAUGUUUAAAAAUUCAUUACUUAUAAAAAGGAAAAUACAUGGAGAUAAACAUUACGAAACUGCUCACACUUUAACUCUUUUAGGAAUAGUUCUGAAUUCCCUUAAUAGAUUGGAUGAUAGCAAAACAACUUUGGAAGAAGCUUUAUCAAUCUACAAUUCGUUACCCACCAAAAAGAUGCCGGACCCACAACAUGUCCGAAACCUUGCUACUACUCUAUCUACGCUAGGUGUCGUUUGUAGCAAUUUAGGAGAACAUAAGCGCAGUCGUGACUUACUAGAACGUGCUCUAUCCUUAAUGCAAUCCAUUCAACCCCAGAAUGCACUCGGUUUGGCAAACGACGAAAUAUUUAAUCAUGCCGCUGAUGUAGCGACAAUGUUAACAGAUAUUGGCCAUUCAUACUUACUUAAUGGUGAAACAAGCUAUGGCCAUCGACUGUUGCAAUUUGCACUAAAUAUUCAUCAAAAUAUCCAUGGCGAAGAACAUUAUGAAGUAGUUCGAACCUUAACGGUCCUAAGUAUAGCUCAAAUGAUCCAAGGGUUUCAUGAAGAUAGCAGAAAAUCUCGUGAUCGUGCAGGGGCUAUUCGAGGAUCUUUGAAUGCUAACGUUUUAGUCUAA